AUCAUCAAUGGAUUGACAUCAAUCCAAAGCACGCGACAAGGCGACGCUCCGAAUCCGGAGCACCAGCAACCGAACCAGCCAGCCCGCCUACGACCCCACGACAAAGAUGGCCCCGGGACAGAAGCUCUACCCCAGGGCGACGGUCAAGCGCAUCAUCAAGGCAGAGUCCGACUGCAAUGUCAGCAAGGACGCCGACGUCACGGUUUUCGUCGACUACAUCCGCUUUCUGCAAACGGUCGUGAACGAGGCCGUCAUCGAGUCCAAGAGGGCGGGCGAGAAGGGGAUCACGCCGCGGAGCGUCAAGAAGGUCACUGCGGACUCCCUUGCCAAAUUCAAGCUGUAAACCCCUUUUCUGAAAACAGCGUCGUCCACGAAACGAACCGACAACCACCCAUGACACAUCACACAUGAGCCACCGACCGUCUGUGCUGCUCCCCGUCGCAGCACCGAGGCAGAAAUAUGCCAAAGCUGGAAAGGCUGGCAGGACCGUGUCACGGAGGUGUCAAAUAGGGCUUGCGGGAACUGGAUAUCGGGUACCAAAUGGUAAUGGCGGCGCCUGGCGUGUGAAUCUCCACGCGUUUAUGUGACGUCGUAAGGUCUCGUCUACGCGGUACCUGCGGCGCAUAGCAGGCUGGAUAGCUCGCAUUUGCAGGGGCUUCGGUACCUCGGCGGGUCCAAUGCCUUGACCCUGGGCGAUGCAUUCGGCAGCUGUAACAAGGCAUGGAUCCUGCUCGUUGGGUCGAUAAAUGCCAACAUAAUCAACAGCCUGGAAUGUUGGGCUAUAGUGCUUUACAUACAGUAGGACCGCAUAUUUAAAAGAAAUAAGAAACAAAUCGACUACCAGUAAAGAUGCGCCG